AGAGAGAAAGCCUUUUCUCCUCACAGCGGCAGCGGAGAUUUUCUCAGUGCACACGCCGGAUGUGCAUUACAUUGAAAAAAAAGACAUUCACUCACGACUGAAAGCGGCGAGAGAAAGACGGACACGUCCCUAGGCCGUGUAUCCCUCCACGUUAUUUCGGUUCAGACCGUUGUUUCUUUUUUUCGCCCAAUUUCAUGUUUAAUAUCUGACAUCUUUUCUUACGAAUAGUCGGUCUCUCUGUGGCGCACUCGGGUUUGGCUGAGCUGACAUGGUAGAUUAUCACGCUUCUAAUAACCAAUCUUCCUCCGGACACAUGGAGCAAGAGAACGACUGGGACCGGGACCUCCUGCUGGACCCGGCCUGGGAGAAACAGCAGCGGAAGACGUUCACGGCGUGGUGCAACUCCCACCUGAGGAAGUCUGGCACGCAGAUCGAGAACAUCGAGGAGGACUUCAGGGAUGGACUAAAACUCAUGCUGCUGCUGGAGGUCAUUGCAGGUGAACGGUUACCCAAACCUGAGCGAGGCAAGAUGAGGGUGCACAAGAUCAACAAUGUCAACAAAGCCCUUGACUUCAUCGCCAGCAAAGGAGUCAAGCUAGUCUCUAUUGGAGCUGAGGAAAUUGUGGACGGAAACGCCAAGAUGACCCUGGGAAUGAUCUGGACCAUCAUUCUCCGCUUCGCCAUCCAGGACAUCUCCGUGGAAGAGACUUCUGCAAAGGAGGGUCUUCUCCUGUGGUGCCAGAGGAAGACCGCUCCCUACAAGAAUGUCAACGUGCAGAACUUCCACAUGAGCUGGAAGGACGGUCUUGCCUUCAACGCUCUGAUCCACAGACACAGACCAGAUCUCAUCGAUUACGACAGCCUCAGAAAGGACGACCCAGUGACCAAUCUGAACAACGCCUUUGAAGUGGCUGAGAAGCACCUGGACAUCCCCAAGAUGUUGGACGCAGAAGACAUCGUGGGUACGCUGAGGCCGGACGAGAAGGCCAUAAUGACCUAUGUAUCCUGCUUCUAUCACGCCUUCUCUGGCGCGCAGAAGGCCGAGACCGCCGCCAAUCGCAUCUGCAAGGUGCUGGCUGUUAACCAGGAGAACGAGCAGAUGAUGGAGGACUACGAGAAGCUGGCCAGCGAGCUGCUGGAGUGGAUCCGUCGCACCAUCCCCUGGCUGGAGAACCGUACCCAGGAGAAGACCGUGAACGACAUGCAGGCCAAGCAGGAAGACUUCAGAGACUACCGCUGUGUCCACAAACCCCCCAAGGUCCAAGAGAAGUGCCAGCUGGAGAUCAGCUUCAACACUCUGCAGACCAAACUGAGACUCAGCAACAGACCUGCCUUCAUGCCGUCAGAGGGACGCAUGGUGUCUGAUAUCAACGGAGCGUGGCACACUCUGGAGGGAGCGGAGAAGGGCUACGAGGAGUGGAUCCUCAGCGAGAUCCGCCGUCUGGAAAGACUGGAGCAUCUGGCCGAGAAGUUCCAUCAGAAGGCCGCCAUCCACGAAUCCUGGACCGACGGUAAGGAGGCCAUGCUGACGCAGAAAGACUACGAGACCUCCACCCUGUCAGAGGUCAAGGCGUUGCUACGGAAACACGAGGCCUUUGAGAGCGACCUGGCAGCCCAUCAGGACAGAGUGGAGCAGAUCGCCGCCAUCGCACAGGAACUCAACGAGCUGGACUACUACGACUCUGCCAGCGUCAACGCUCGCUGUCAGAAGAUCUGCGACCAGUGGGACACCCUGGGGGCCUUCACCCAUGGCCGCAAGGAGUCAUUGGAGAGGACAGAGAAGCAGCUGGAGUCGAUAGACGAGCUGUACCUGGAGUACGCCAAGAGAGCUGCGCCCUUCAACAACUGGAUGGAGGGAGCGAUGGAGGACCUGCAGGACAUGUUCAUCGUCCACAAUAUCGAGGAGAUCCAGGGCCUCAUCACAGCCCACGAACAGUUCAAGUCCACCCUGGCCGAGGCCAACAAGGAGCGUGAGGCCAUCCAGGCAAUCCAAGCAGAGGUGCAGAAGAUCGCCCAGAGCAACGGCAUCAAGCUGAGCGGAUCCAACCCCUACACCACCAUCACACCUCAGAGCAUCGACAGCAAGUGGGAAAAGGCGAUGGACAUGGUGCCGCUGCGUGACACUGCUCUGCAAGGCGAGCUCAACAAGCAGAACUCCAACGACACUCUGAGAGCCAAGUUUGCCACUCAGGCCAACACGGUUGGCGCCUACAUUCAGGCCAAAAUGGAGGAAAUCGGCAGGAUAUCCAUUGAGAUGAACGGCACCCUGGAGGACCAGCUGACCAGCCUGAAGGAGUACCAGAAGACCAUCAUGUCCUACAUGCCAGAGAUCAACACGCUGGAGGGGUACCACCAGCACAUCCAGGAGGCCCUCAUCUUCGACAACCAGUACACCUCCUACUCGAUGGAGCACCUUCGCGUGGGCUGGGAGCAGCUGCUGACCACCAUCGCCAGAACCAUCAACGAGGUGGAGAACCAGAUCCUGACGCGCGACGCCAAAGGGAUCAGCCAGGAGCAGCUCUACGAGUACCGCGCCUCCUUCAACCACUUCGACAAGGACCACAGCGGCGCGCUGAUGGCCGAGGAGUUCAAGGCCUGCUUGAUCAGUCUUGGCUACGACGUGGAAAACGACAAGCAGAAGCGAUCGGGACAGAUGGUCUCGGAGGACUUCCGGGCUCUACUCAUUUCGACCGGAAACAGCCUGGGAGACAGCGAGUUUGCUCGCAUCAUGAGCAUAGUGGACCCCAACGGCAGCGGUGCCGUGACCUUCCAGGCCUUCAUCGACUUCAUGUCCAGGGAAACGACCGACACGGACACUGCGGACCAGGUCAUCGCCUCCUUCAAGAUCCUGGCCGCUGAUAAGACUUUCAUCACGGCUGAGGAGCUGAGGAGGGAGCUUCCCCCCGACCAGGCGGAGUACUGCAUCGCCCGCAUGGCGCCUUACGUGGGGGCCGACGCCGUUCCUGGCGCCCUGGACUACAUGUCCUUCUCCACCGCCCUGUACGGAGAGAGCGACCUGUAGACGAGCAGGAGGCCAGGACAGAGGAGGAAGGGAGCUAGGGUCAUUCUGUGCAUAGAGGGGACGCCCAGGAGUCGCGCGUCGGGAACAAAAUUGAGUGGUGGUUGUGAGGUGCCCCUGCGUGUGCCGCUAUAGAAAUCUUCAGAAUAUUUUUUUUUAAAGAACGUUGAUACUUGAUUGAACUGCCUUUAGUGGGAUCAGAGCAGGAAGGCAAGGGGGCACGAGCUAAUCUGAUACUUAUGCUAAUAGUCUUUUAUUUUAUCAUUUCUUUCUUCUUCCCAGGUGGGUUCGGAACAUG